UUUAACAGAAAACAGCAGUCACUUGGUAUUCUGAAUAGUCCAUAUUGUUGACCAUGCUCAACACCAAUUAGGGAUGUACAGGAUUUUGGCUCCUGUAGUUUUGUUUUGAAAUCCGGCUCCGGCUCCGAUUCCGGCCGGAUCUGUCAGUAAAAAUCCGGCAAAUCCGGCUCCGGCCGGAUUUGAAAAAAUUAAAUCCGGUACAGCCCUAGCUGUAGAUGGUUUUUCUAUUAAUGCUAUUGCAAAAUCUGAAUUUAUAAGAAAAUCUUUAUCUGAUAAAGGAAUGAUACUGUCAAAAAACCCUUCACAUGUAAUGAAUUUGGUCAAAAGUCAAUACCAUCUAGAAAAAUAAGUAGUGGUUAAGGAAAUGACUAUGCAAAUUCAAGGUGGUUCAAGAUUCUCUAUUUCGAUGGACAAAUACACAUCUUUAAAAUAUCGUCGCUAUUUGAAUUCAAAUACGCAUUUAUUAACUAGGCUUUGGAACUUGGGCAUGGUUUGAAUAGUUGGGUCGCUUCCAGCUGAAAAAAUUAUUGAUGUGGUUGAAAAUAAAUUAUCCAAAUUUAAUUUAUCUACAAAAAAGCAUAUAAUUUCUAGUGUAACUGACGGUGCAUCAGUUAUGAAAAAAUAUGGAAGAUUAAGUAAAUUAAAUGAUUAAGUGAUUAAAUGAAACAUCAACUUUGUUAUGCACAUGGGCUACAUUUAGCAGUUUGUGAUGUUCUCUACAAAAAAAUCAGUGGUUUCAAAUUCAUUGGGCAGUGAGUGUAAUGCAUCAAACAGUCAGAAUUCUGAUGAAAAUAAUAGUGAAGACGACGAGUCUGAAGAAAUCGAUUUUACAACUUAAGUGGAAUUACAGUCAAGCCAAAACUACGAUUUAUUAAACUUGCGAGACGUUGAGAUCACUGACGAAUUAUUAGGCUGCAUAAGUAUAGCACAAACAAUUCAAAAGGUCCAGAGAAUCGUACAAAUGUUUCGUAAAUCACCACUCAAAAAUGAAAUUUUACAAAAAUACAAAAAAAUUACAUACAAUAAAGAACUCAAGUUAAUACUGGAUGUAAAAACAAGGUGGAAUAGCCUUCUUGCAAUGUCAAUAGAAGGACUAUUAGACGAACCUCUUCACUGCUAAGUAUCCAGACAAAUGUUGAAACAGAGCCAAAUAUUUCAAAUGCAACUGAGAAAAUCUGUGGGGUUUGCUACUUAAAUCUUGGAAUAGGAGUUUUUCAUGAUUGCUGCAAAAGUAAAGCUGUAAGCAAUAUUAUAAAUAUAAAUGAGUCGCUUGGAGAAAAAAAUGCAGAACAAUCAUCUGGAACAAUCAAGCAUCUGAAUUGUUAAAACAUAAAAUGGAACGUGAAAACAUUGCAAGCGGAAAGCAGUUCAUGUUGUCUACGGGUGGAAAUCUUCUAUCAGUUACAGUUGGAGUGAAUAAAAUGAAGUCCAAAAGAAAUAAUUUAAACCAGAUUUCAUUCCAAACCAUUAUGGAGCUAUCAAAUGUAUUAGAACUUUCUAAAAACAAAACAAAAAAAUUAUGUCCUACUUUAUGGAGGAGUGUAACUGGUGUUGUAGAAUCAAGCAUUAAUAUUAAAAUGAAUGAACUGCUGGAAACUCUGGAUACUUUAUAUAAAUGCAAAACAGAGGAACUUGUUGACGGAGAUCAGGCAGUUUUUAGAGAUAUAGAUAUGUCAAAAAUACAACAGAAUUUAUUCAAUUUAUAACUGAAAGAAAAGGCAUCGAUAAUCUUAAUGCAAUGGUUAGAAUUUCUAUAGAUGGCGGUCAAAACUUUUUAAAAGUUAUCAUAAAUGUUUUUGAUCCAAAAAAUCACUAUUCUUUAUCGGAAAUAUAUGAAGAUUCUGGCGUGAAACGUUGCUCUAUUCUUGCUAUUGUGGAGUUGGUUUCAGAGGAUAAUGGCAAUCUCCAAAAAUUAUUGGCUCCUCUAAAACUUGAAGAAGUGAAUUUUAGUCUCGCAUUUGAUCUAAAGUGUGCAAACAGUAUUUUUAUACUGUCAAGUCACUCUGGCAAAUAUGCUUGUUUGUAUUGUGAAGGGGAAUGCAUAUUAGAAACAGGAAAACUUAGAACUCUAGACUUGUGUUAUAAUCAAUAUGUAUGUGAUGGAAGAAAAAUAUUAAAAAUGCAGGAAUACAAAAAUGUUAUAAAUCCUCGUUUAAUUUACUUACAAGAAGAUCAAGAAACUUUUCUUGAACUCAUUGUUCCUCCACCUGAGCUCCACAUUAUGACGGGAGUUGUACAUAAACUUUGUACUUUGCUUUUGUGUGUUUGGCCAGCUUUUGAAAAUUGGUUGAAAAAACAUUACAUACUAAUGAGAGGGUAUCACAGUGUAGGCUUCGACGGAAAUAAUGCUAAUAGAUUUUUGUCCCUGUUAGAUGUUUUAGAGAGAGAUGUCACCAUUACUGCAGCAAUUAAUAUUUUACCAAUAAUCGAUUGUUUGCGUAAAUUUUCAUUAAUAAAAUUAGCAGUGUUUGGUUUGGAAUUGGGUACAGAUAUUUCUGUUAAAAUUGAAGAUUUCAAAAGUUCAUUUUUUAGUCUUCAACUGUAUACCAAAAAUAUUUUUGACUACAAUUUAACAAUAUCUUGGAAAAUACAUAUUUUAGUGUGUCAUAUUCUCCCUUUUGUAGAACACAAUAAUACCAGCUUAGGUAACUAUGCAGAACAAUGCGGUGAAGCUGUUCAUCACAAAUUUAAAAAAACUUGGGUGAAUUAUAAAAGAACUAUUGGAGACAAAAAUUAGGCCGAAAAACUGAAGUCUGCUGUAGUGAAUUUCAAUUUAAACAAACAAUAGUGAAAAUAUCAGAUGUGCUUUAAAUGUA